UUAAUCGAACUGGAUUGUACAUCUAUCUAGUGUGAUUUGACUCUACUUUCUGUUCGACCUUAUCGAAUUUAAUGUGAAUCUAAUCAUUGUAAACUGCUACAUGCUGCUAUGGAGAUUAAGUGAUGUUAUAUGUGUAAAAGUGUGACAGCUAUGUACAUAUGAAUAUGUGUCGAUUGACUAGCGGAAAUACUCAAAGGAAAUUGAACAAAAUGACGUAUGAUUUGUAGAUAUUUAGGUAGCAAAGCUGAUAUCGUGGCAAUUAAUCGGAGCGCUCGAGAACUGCUUGAUUUCAUUGGAUAUUUUUUACAUAAAUUAGGUGGUGAUGUAAUUUCAUGGAAAUUAAUGGGAGCUACCACGAACUUGAUUUCAUUGGAUUCUCGAGACGUUCUAGUUGUCAUUCUCUUUCUUUUUCAGGUUUGUCAUUUAUUCGUCCAUUUUAUUAUGCAUAACCAGAAAGAAGAAAAAAAAAAUGUUAGUUCAACUCAUUAAACGGUUACUGUGGACGGCAUGUUGUAAUUAAAUCGAUCAUUUAUGAUCAACAAGAACGCAAUCUUGAUUAGGUAUGAUGGAAGCCACGUAUCUGACGAGGAAGAAACUAUUAAAUGCAUCCCAAUUAGGGGUAUAAACCGUAGAGAAAAAGGGAUAUGGCAACAAAAAAAAAACAAAAUGUAGCAAAUUUCGAGUUCGAUUUGCCUAUCAUUACCAUUCGACACACAAGACUAGCGGACCCUAACAACGGUCGAUCUAACCCCGGGAAAUUGAGAUAACUUGAAUAGGUAAAAAUGGCUUUGGAACCUCACCAUUCCACCAAAAAAACCUACGUUCUUCAUCUGGUGGUUUGCGACCCAGACUCAUUGAUGGAUCAAACACUCCCACCUGAGGGCCCAAAUUUGAAGCCCACACCUUAAGGGAUUCAUAAACCCAUCUCUCGACAACAGUGUCGGGCUCUCCUGUCAUAUCCGCUAUUCUAUAGCAAGGAUAGUCGUAGUUUAAUCCUAAUACUCUUGAAUCCUAGUCCACAGUUGGAGCCCAACAAUAAAUUAGGACUGCAAGAAUUGGGCCCAACUCAGAACUUGGGCCGCAUUCCUUUUAGGCUCUCAUCAUUUGUUUGUGUAUUUAAUUUAGUAUCAAGGAUUGUGUAUUUGUGUUGAUGAAGAACAAUUUAUUUGCUCAUUCACAUCGCAUAUAAUAGUUGUACAUUUUAUCUCUUAUUUAAACCCAGCCAAACGACCUUCUAAGUUACUGAAGACGGUAUGCUCUGUUUACAAUUAUAGAUGCUCUCCCGUUCAAGUUUCGAAUUUGUGACUCAUAAUUAUGAGAGGUUAUGAUGUGCAUAUGUAUGUAGAUUAUCCCGCUAUCAACCAUAGCAACUAAAUUUACGAUUUCUCAACGUGUAAUUUAACCUUUUUAUAUAUGUUCGGAGAUUAUAGUAUCUAUUCAUCAAGCUAACAAUAAAUAAGACAAUACUUUAAAAAAAAAAACUAAUGUAAUUUAUGCUUCUAAUCCAUGUUACUUGUUUGUCUGUCACCUAAUGAGAAAGGGAAAACAGAGUUUACUUUUAAAGACCGUUUGGAAUCUUCGUCCACGUGAGAAGAAGAUACGUAUAUGUUUAAAGAAGCAUCGUUGGGUUUCUGGUUUUUACAAAGGAGAAAUGGUUGGCAAAGGAAAAAGAUGACCAAAACGACAAAUUAAAAGAUUUUGUAGGCAUUGGGAGCAAUGGGUUACGAGUCUGGAGGCCAACUUUAAUGGCUUCCUUUUCCUCUCCGGUCUCACUAGAUAACUAGAUAUGUAAAACGGUGGGUAUAUUUUAGUCGGGUCGUUUGGAAGUUGCGAUUGUUAAAUAGAUGUAUUAUUGAGAAUGCAUGUAUAAUAUUAUAUAUGUAUUUGUCGAAUUUGAUGUAUUGUAGAAUACAACGUUUGGUAUGUGUGAUUGUGUAUGUCGCAUCAGUUAAAAGCUGAGACAAAACAAUCUCAACUCAACUAUCUCAACAAUCACAACUAAAAGUUGAGAUAUAACAAUCACUCAAAAUGAGCGAUAGUUUCUGUCACAUCACAGAAACAAUCAUUUAUUGUUUCUGCUAAAAAAAUAAAAAAACGAUGCAACAUUAUAAACAAUACAUGCAUAAUGACAAUCUCAACAAAACCAUCGCAACUUCCAAACGACCCCUUAGCGACCAAACUUUUGUUUCCUUUAUCGGGACCCUUUAUUCGGGCUAAGAUCAGGUGACUAAGGGGGGGUCCCUUAGUCACAUGGCUAAGUGAAUCUCAGCCACUAAAGCUCAUUAAAAUCCAAGGGCUCCUAUUAAUUCAAUUUAAUGAAGGGCAGUAUAGUAAUUACAUGUUUAUUAUAUUUAUCAAUUAAAAUAAAAAAAAAACCUGCCACUAACACGCGGGCACCAGCUCCCUUCUCCGGCCCGGCGACGUGACCUUUUUUCCCAGUCCCGCCGGCGGUCCUCUCUGACGCCGACGAUGUGGGCUUCGGCGGCGUGGGCGGGUGGCAUUAAUUCCAUUUUCCCUUAUUCCUGUACGAGAGAGAGCCUCUGGGAAUUGUGGGAAUUGUUUGGGGACGCAGAGAGAGAGAGAGAGAGAGAGAGAGAGAGAGAGAGAGAGAGAGAGAGAGAGAGAGAGUUCUUGUCAACUUUUCCGGCGACGGCGGAGCAGUUUUCCGGCGACCAGAGACGGUGGUGGAUGAUUUUCCGGCAACAGUAUUGAGUUCGUGAUGUUUGUAAUGUUUAUAUUACUAUUUUGUAUACAUUGUAAUGUUUGUAAUGUUUGUUUGUCUAGUUUGUAUACUUUAUGUUAUGAUUUGUAUACUUUGUAUUCAUUUGUUUGUAAUACAAGUUUACCAAUCUGUAUUGUAAGUAGUGAUAUUCUGUACGCGUAGUAUGCUUUGUAAUGUUUGUUUGUAAUGUUUGUAAUGUUUGUUUGCAAUGUUUGUAAUGUUUGUAAUGUUUGUUGGUUUCUUUUGUAUUGUUUGUAAUGUUUGUUAUUUUUGUAAUGUUUUGUAAUGUAGUGAUAUUCUGUACGUGUAGUAUGCUUUGUAAUGUUUGUUUGUAAUGCUUUGUAAUAUUUUGUAUACAUUGUAAUGUUUGUAAUGUUUGUUUGUCUAGUUUGUAUACUUUAUGUUAUGAUUUAUACACUUUCUAUUCAUUGGUUUGUAUUUGUAACUUUUGUUAUUCAAGUUUGUAUACUUUUAUCUUAUGAUUUGUAUACUUUGUAUUCAUUUGUUUGUAAUACAAGUUUACCAAUCUGUAUUGUAAGUAGUGAUAUUCUGUACGUGUAGUAUGCUUUGUAAUGUUUGUUUGUAGUGUUUGUAAUGUUUGUUUGCAAUGUUUGUAAUGUUUGUUAUUUUGUAAUGUUUGUAAUGUUUGUUGGUUUCUUUUGUAUUGUUUGUAAUGUUUGUUAUUUUUGUCCACAUGUUUGUCAUUUUUGUCAAAUAUGUUUGUAAUGUUUUUUGAAUCACAAAUCAAUACAUAUAAAGUAUACAAAUUAUUAGUACUUACAAUACAAAGCGACGUGAUUUGCAGCACAAAUCAAUACAUAUAAAGUAUACAAAUUAAUAUUACAAAACAUACAAACUAUACAAACCAUACUUACAUUUUGUACAAAAAUACUAACAAUACAAACUAAUGUUACAAAACAUACAAACUAUACAAAUCACUGUUCUUCCUUCAGACGAUGUCUCUCCACCGCCGCCGCCGCCGCCGCUGCCGCCGACUCUCUCUACAGCCGUCGUUACCUCUGUUUUCCCGGCAACAGAUCUACUUUCUCUCUCUUCCACCGCCUCCGUCGCGAUCGUCUUUCCCUCUCUCCAUCGUCGCCGACGCGGUUGAGAUCUCCUCGCCGUCGCCCCCCUCUCUUCCACCGUCGACGUCCUUCUCUCCCCGCUGCUGCUUUUCUCUCUCUCUCUCCUAUGGCCUGCAAUGGCGACGCAGAAGAGGAUGAUUGGAGGAAAAAUCGCGAUCUCCUUUCCCUCUCUCCACCGUCGUCGGCGACGUCGAGAUCGUCGACUUUCUCUUUCUCUCUCUCAUCCGCCGGCGUUGCCUCCUGUUUCCUCCGCCAUGGCUCUCUCUCUCUCUACAUCACAAAAAAGGGAAAGUAAGAGACGUGUUGCAGAGGAAAAAAGAAUUCAAUAAUAAAUAAAACAAAACUAAAAAAUAGGAGUUAAUAAAUUAUUGAUAAUACCAAAACUACCCUUCUUAUUUAAUAAUAAUUAAUUGAGUUAUCUGGACCAUCAGAUCAAUCCAAUGGCUGAGGGGGGCUUAGUCAAGUGACUAAGGACCCCCCCUUAGUCACCAGAUCCGGACUCCCUUUAUUCCGCGACGAGCUCUCAUUAGAGGUAAAAAAAAAACAACGGAAAAAGAGAAAUUUCCAUGCACGCAGAAGCAAAAAAAAAAUGUUGACAUUUCCAUCGGGGAAAAGACUCAAAUCAAAAGUUGAACAUAUUAAAUUAGAUUUCUCUCACAAAGUAAUCUCCGUAAUCAAUAACCAAAAAGACUUGUCGCACCUUGGAUCGAGUCCUCUAUUAAUACGAUAUUGUCCUUUUUGGACCAACCCGCACGGAACUAUCUAUGGGUAUACCCAAAAGCCUCGUACUAGUGGAGUUUGGUGGACACUUAUAUACAAUGGCCAUGUGUUGCCUUUGUAUAUACGAUGUGAUACUUAGAUUGUCUCAUCAUAAUCAUUCCCUAAAUACAAGUACAACGAACUUCGUAUUCUCCCCUCCUCAACGAUUUUCUUACUCAGUCGGCCGGCCGGGUAGACCCUCCAACAACAUUUUACGGCCGGAGGUGAUCGGAAAAUGAUUGUGAAACUUCAAACUUACUUGUAUGUAGUGUAGCAGAGGUAAGAAGGAAUGGAACAUUUGAAUGAAGUAAAUAGGUUGGGCCCUCUCGCCCCUUACCUCACGGCUAAAUAACCCACUCCAUGUUUUCUUUUUGGACCAUUUCAUGACACAGGCCCAAGAAGUAAAAGGAAGGAAAAGGACGGAUGAGAGGGGUUAAACGCAAAAUGGUCACUCAACUUUGGCAUAAUGUCAAAACAGUCACUGAACUUCUUUGUGAAUCAUUACUAGAAUUUUUUUUCUUCAGAAAUGCCGUCUCGGAUAACUAAUAUAUGUCUAAAGAAAAUUAUAAAUGAUAAUUAGGAGAGUUGGAAAAAAAAAAGGAAUUUCCGAAUGAACUUGUUGAGACUCGAUCACACUAUAGUUUUGAUCAUUCUAGGAUAACUGCAAGUCGUUAUCUCAUUAUAUACUACCCAUUACUCAGUCUACACGUACUUCCAUCUUCCUGACAACUUCUUAUCAACGAAAUCAAUACAGAAGUCACUGAAGAAGAAUGCACCUUAUAGAAUAGCUAAUCGGUCUGUCCACUAGUUUAAAUCACCAAUUUGGUAACUAAUGGUCGUUUGGAAGUUGCGAUUGUUAAAUAGAUGUAUUGUUGAGAAUGCAUGUAUAAUAUUAUACAUGUAUUAUCGAAUCUGAUGCAUUGUAGAAUACAACGUUUGGUAUGUGAUGAUUGAGACCGCGAACGGGAAAAAGCUAAAGCUGGGGCAAAGCCAGAGGAAGAUACCUCUUUGGCUUUUUGGCUUUUGCUGGGUUAUGAUUGGCAUCGACUGCAUUGUCCAAUUCUCUUUGGAAAGUUCCCACCUUUUUCUUUCCCUUUCUUCCUUUCUCUGGGAUUCUUCACAACCCAAAAGGCAAUUAAGUGAUUAACAGAGA